AUGAGCGAUCCUGAAUUGGAGGCCAUUCGACGCGCCCGCCUCGCGGAGCUGCGGGGUAAUGCCCCUGGCGGGAUGAAUGGUGGCCCUGCUAUGCCGACAUCGCUGCCGAGCGGAAUGAACGCAUCGUCGCUCACCGGCGGUGACGCGGAGAAGGAUGAAAAACGCGCACAGCAAGAGGAGAUGAAGCGACAACUUCUCACACAAAUACUCGAUACGGAAGCGCGUGAACGAUUGUCGCGGAUUGCUCUUGUGAAGCCACAAAAGGCCGGCGCCAUCUCCGAUAUCCUCGUGCAGAUGGCACGUACAGGCCAAGUUCGUCAGCGCGUGACAGAAGACCAACUUAUCUCUCUGCUAGAUCAAGUGGACCAGGCGAACACACAGGAGUCUACAGGCAAGAUCACGGUACGUGCAUCGACACACUUACCUUGCAGCAUGCCACAACCUCACCUUCGGUUGCCCAAGUCCUCGUGGACGAGGUAUGUGACUUCGUUUGCAGGGUUUAUGGACAUCAAAGUAGGCAGCCAAAUUGUGUCCCUCUUUUCGUUGUUCAACAAAAUUGCUGGUGUAUAUGGUAUUAUUGCCGUCUUCCAAGGCGGCACGCUCUCACAGCUUUCGCUUUAUAUGUACUCCAUUGCAACAAUUCCCAUCUAUAUUUGGGGUCUUAAAGCUAUUAGUGAUGAACGCCACAAACGUGCAUUGCGCUAUGCUCACUUCUACCUACUUGACCACUUUCUUUCUACGGCAUGGACCAUCAUGUUUUCCGUAUGGUGGUACCAUUAUGCUACUCAUGACGGCCGACCCGUCACAAAUUCCGACCACCAGGCUGGAUUGAUGGCGCUCAUCGAAUCACUCGAAGCGCAAUACCGCACACCAGAGGAAAUGGCCACGUUACGGCACAAAGACAUUGAUAUAAAUACACCGGAAGGCCUCGCUGAAUCUGCAUCACGGACACAGCAAGCGCACGAGACGUGGGAAUCGGAGCGUGGCUUUGCUGCAGGCGUGCUCGUGGCCGGCUGGCUGAUCAAAAUCUACUUUGCACUGGUCCUGUAUGCGUAUUCGUUGCAUUUGCGACAUGGCACGUACUGGAUGUUGCCCCUGUCCAAGUCACGUCGUGCCAAUGCGGUGCAUGCAUCGCACUAUCAUAUGGUGCCCCAUGAAACAGACGAAGUAGCACUCCCUGACGAGCCUCAUGAGACAGGCAAGUCGAUGCCGUCUUCUGUAUAG